AUGCCGGGCGAAGUGAUAGAUCGUCCAAAUCCUCAACCACCACCAUCAAACCUCCCAGAAUAUGUUUCCGAUUUACUGGUCAGGCUUGACAAGCCAACCUUGGCCGAUAAGACCAACGAUGUUAUCGCCAAGUACCGACGAGCAGCUAAUUACAUCGCUGCCGCCAUGAUUUUCUUACAAGAUAAUGCAUUGCUGCAGCGUGACCUCAAAUUCGAGGACAUUAAACCUAGGCUACUAGGUCACUGGGGAACUUGCCCUGGUCUGACCCUGGUAUACUCUCAUCUCAACCUUCUGAUCAAGAAGCAUGAUCUUGAUAUGAUUUAUGUUGUGGGACCUGGGCAUGGCGCGCCAUCAAUCCUAGCUAAUCUAUGGCUCGAAGGCUCACUUGCAAAGUUCUACCCUCAAUGCUCUCAGGAUGCCAAGGGUUUGCACAAUCUCAUCACUGGCUUUAGCACCACUGGAGGCUUUCCAAGCCAUAUCAAUGCAGAGACCCCAGGUGCCAUCCAUGAAGGAGGCGAAUUAGGCUAUGCUCUGAGUGUCAGCUUUGGGGCCGUCAUGGACAACCCUGACCUUAUCGUCACUUGCAUUGUGGGAGACGGAGAGUCAGAGACUGGCCCUACAGCCACUGCAUGGCACGGCUACAAAUUUAUUGACCCUGCGGAAAGUGGAGCAGUACUACCGAUCAUCCAUGUCAAUGGUUUCAAGAUCAGUGAAAGAACAAUUUAUGGUUGCAUGGAUGACAAGGAAAUGGCAGCAUUGUUUUCAGGAUAUGGGUAUCAGCCCAGGGUGGUUGAUGAUCUGGAGGACAUUGAUGCCGAUCUCUCCAACUCAAUGGAGUGGGCGCUUUCUGAAAUCAAGAGAAUCCAAGCCGCUGCAAGAAGUGGGAAACCCAUCAUGAAACCUCGAUGGCCUGUUUUAAUAUUGCGCACGCCAAAAGGUUGGUCCGGCCCGAAGAAAGUUCACGGGCAGUUCGUUGAAGGAUCAUUCAAAGCACAUCAAGUACCAUUAGCUGCAGCAAAGACGGAUCCUGAAGAGCUUAAAAUGCUCCAAGCAUGGCUGGAAUCCUACAGACCCAAGGAGCUGUUCAAGGAGAAUGGUGAUGUCGUGGAUGAUAUCAAGUCCAUCAUUCCCACCGAACCAGAACGACGGCUUGGCCAAAACAAGAAAAUCUAUGAUACGUAUGAGGGCCUCAAUCCCAUCGAUUGGCGCAAGUUCGUUGCGAAGAAGGGCACUUCAGAGAGUUGCAUGAAGGCGGUGGGAAAACUGCUCGAACAGGUGGUCAAAGACAAUCCCAAGACCUUCCGAAUCUUCUCACCCGACGAAUUCGAGUCUAACAAAUUGGACGCUGUAUUGAACUCGACGAAUCGCAACUUUCAAUGGGAUCAAUUCUCCAACGCUCGUGGCGGGCGAGUGACCGAGACGCUCUCAGAGCAUCAAUGUCAAGGGUGGUUGCAAGGCUACACUUUGACUGGCCGCGUGGGGCUGUUCCCUAGCUACGAAGCAUUCCUCGGUAUCAUCCACACGAUGAUGGUCCAGUAUGCGAAGUUCGGCAAGAUGGCAGGUGAAGCCAGCUGGCGUAAGCCUAUCGGAAGCAUCAACUAUCUGGAGACUUCGACAUGGACGCGCCAGGAGCACAACGGGUUUUCACACCAGAAUCCAAGCUUCAUAGGAGCCGUCUUGAACCUCAAGCCCGAUGCUGCGAGGGUUUACUUCCCACCUGAUGCUAAUACAUUUCUGUCUACCAUGGCACAUUGCCUGCAGUCGAAGAAUUAUGUCAAUUUGAUGGUCGGUAGCAAGCAACCAUCUGCUGUUUUCCUCUCUCCAGACGAAGCAGAGAACCAUUGUCGGGCAGGAGCCUCAGUCUGGAAAUUUGCAUCAACAGAGGAAGGCAUAAACCCAGACGUCGUACUUGUAGGAAUUGGUGCAGAAUUGACACUGGAAGUUAUUGCCGCAGCGGAGCUUUUGCGCAAAAAGAGCCCAGAGUUACGAGUGCGCGUGGUUAACGUGACGGAUCUGAUGAUUUUAGGAGCAUCCAGCAGCCACCCUCACGCCCUGACUGAUGAAGCAUUCGACGCACUCUUCACAUCGGAUGUGCCCAUUCAUUUCAACUACCACGGAUAUGCGAACGAACUGAAAGGCCUGCUCUUUGGACGUCCAAACAUGCACCGCGUCUCCAUCGCGAGCUACAACGAGGAAGGGUCGACAACUACACCUUUCAACAUGAUGCUACUCAACGGAACCAGUCGUUACGAUGUAGCCAUCCAGGCCGUCAAAGGUGCUGCUCGCAGAAAUGACCGUGUAAGGCUACAUUUGCAUGAGCUCGUGAGUGAGCUCAAUGGGUUGAUCAAAAGUACUCAAAAAUUCAUAGUCGAGAAAAAGACCGGUAUGAUUGCCUCCCUUCGCAUUGUGAAUUAUGGUAUAGAGACUACUGAAUGA